CCAUCUGUUGUUGCUUCAGAUUCAGAAACAUAUCGGGUGUCGGGAUGUGUUAGUUAUCUGGUAAAUAUCUCGUGUAGCGAUACUGCGUCUCGUCAGAAACAGUGAUUACUCCGUCUAUGUAAGAUCUCAUUUCACUUCUGUAUGAUCGUAAGAAGAAGAGAAGCAUAAAAAUGCUUGUCACACCCAAGGUUGAAUUACAUGUCCAUUUAGAUGGUGCUCUGAAGCACACAACUGCUUGGGAAUUAUUGAAGAAAAAGAAUUUACAUUUGCCAGGAAAUGGUUCUUAUGAAGCGUUUCUUGACUCCAUUAUUGUGAAAGAGCCAGACAGUUUAAUGACUUUCCUUCGAGGAUUUGGUAUUUUUCUGCCAGCAGUCAUAGGAGAUUUGGAAGCCAUUGAAAGAAUGAGUUAUGAAUUUUGUGAAAGUGCAGCUGAACAGGGAGUUAUCUAUGUAGAGGCCAGAUACUGCCCAUUCCUUCUCAUGCCAGAUAGCUUUACAGAAGCAAAUUUUCUAAGUCAAAACACUGGAAACCAUGAAAAAAAUGGCAAACAAAUUUCUACCAAAGAAGUAGUAGAAGCUGUUAACAAGGGUUUCCAAGACGGUGAAAGACAAUUUGGAACUAUAGCCAGAACAAUCCUGUGCUGUAUUCGUGGAAAACCUGAGUGGUCCAAAGAGAUUCUUGAUCUCUGUAUCCAAUUCAAAGAUCAAGGUGUUGUAGGAAUCGAUAUAGCUGGCGAUGAAGCCGGCGAAAAACCGAUUCCAGGGGAAGAAUCUGGUGAACUUAUUGAUUACUGGCGAAUAGCGUGUUGUGCUAACUACUUCCAUACUUUUUCCCCCAUAGAGCUGCGAAUGCUGGACGCCGAAGACAUUGCCGUAUUCGAGAAAGCAGCUGAGCUUGGUAUACACCGAACGGUUCAUGCUGGUGAAGCAGGACCAGCCCAAAUGGUCUGGAAGGCUUUAACUGUGCUGAAAGCUGAAAGAAUUGGUCAUGGUUAUCGUGUUUUGGAAGACGAUUCAAUCUACAAUCAUUGCCUUAAUAAAGGCGUUCAUUUCGAAUGCUGCCCAACUUCCAGUAUGUUGACGGGGAGCGUGUCAAUAUGUGGAACAAAAACGCAUCCCAUUAUGCGUUUUGCGCAAGAUGGAGCUUCUUUUUCCAUAAGCACUGAUGAUCCUACAGUGACAAAUACCAAUUUAAGUGAUGAGUACGCAUUAUGUGCAAAAUGGGGAUUAACCAUAGCCCAAUUACAAGAAACGAAUAUCAAUGCAAUGAAAAAUUCAUUUGCAGAACCAUCUAUAAAGCAAUCCAUUUUAGAAAAACUUUACAGUGCAUAUGGUUUGAAAAACCAAAAUUAAAAAUUAAACUAAAUUGACGAAUUUUUGCCCAGUUGACUCUACGAUUGUCAAAUAUGUCUUCAUAUUUGGUUCUGUCCAGAAUGGCGAUAUUUUCUCUUACGUAAUCGACUAAGAUGUCCAGAUGGCGUGGAUCGAAAUCUCGCUGGAGCAUUAAAUUUCGCCAAAUUGCACCGGCCAGUACUUGAUCAUUACUUAAGAGGCCUUCAUCAUAAGCAAACAAGCUUGCUUGAAAUUCAUCUACCAGAAUUUGAACCUGUUUUCUUCGCACACUUGCAGCUGUCUCCUAUAAAAACAUCACAAAACAUUUGAAAGGGGAAUGUAAACCAAAUCUAUAGGAUGUUUUACUCCAAUCUUUUUGCUUUUGAAUUCAACGUCCUCCCACAUAGCUUCUACAAGGGCAUUUCGCACGAGUCUUCCAUUGUCUCCUUCAUUCAUGAGUCUAACCAUUAACAUCCAUACAUGUAGGCUUCUAACUAUAAACCAGGAAUGGAAAGUAUCUUCCAUUUUCAAUUCUACAAAUGUUGAGAUUAGUUUUGCAGCUUCAAAGCAUUUAAAGAAAUUUUCAAUUUUAUACUCACGUUUAAAGAAAACAUCAUGAUUGACAUGCUCUUCCAGAGACUCAUACAGCUUAUAACCAACAGACCGUGAUAUCUAUAAAAUGGGGGAGAGCCAAGAUGUAUGAAGAAGAAAUCAACUAACUGUAUUGGUAGUCUUACACUUUUUGACAAUUUGCCUAACCCAAUAUAUCUUUUAAACCGUU